AUGGAUGAACACUAUAACCUCAUAGACUCGCCAUCGACGCGCCACCGGGGAAACAACGUCGACAAUCACGGCUACGCGGAGACAGAGAAGGGCAGCAUGACGGUGAUGGCGGCGGAGUUGCUGGAGGAAUCGGCCGCGCUGCCGGGCCACCUGUCGCUAGAUCGAUAUGAGGCGGAGCACGAGUGCUGCGAGAGAAUGGUCAUCAACAUCUCGGGCCUGCGCUUCGAAACGCAACUCAAAACUUUCAACCAAUUUCCGGACACCUUGCUCGGCGAUCCGAAAAAGAGGAUGCGCUACUUCGAUCCGCUCAGAAACGAGUACUUUUUCGACAGGAAUCGACCAAGCUUCGACGCCAUCCUCUACUACUACCAGUCGGGCGGGCGCAUCCGGAGACCCGUCAACGUGCCCAUAGAUAUUUUCUCGGAGGAGAUCCGCUUUUAUCAGCUUGGCGAGGAAGCGAUGGAGAAAUUUCGUGAGGAUGAGGGUUUUAUCAAAGAAGAGGAGCGCCCCUUGCCUAGCCAUGAGUUCCAGAGGCAAGUCUGGCUUUUAUUUGAGUACCCGGAGAGCUCUGGCCCGGCCAGGGGCAUCGCCAUCGUGUCAGUACUGGUCAUUCUGAUCUCCAUCGUCAUUUUCUGUCUGGAAACUUUGCCUGAGUUUAGGGACGAUAAGGAUCCGGUCACUGUAGCGCCUGUAAUUAACGGAACUGGCCCGUACGGGUCAGGUUCUUUUACUGACCCGUUUUUUGUUAUCGAGACGCUUUGCAUAAUUUGGUUUUCCUUCGAGCUGCUUGUCCGUUUCUUCGCCUGCCCAAGCAAAGCCACCUUUUCCAAAAACAUCAUGAACAUAAUCGACAUCGUGGCUAUAAUCCCGUACUUCAUCACCCUUGGUACAGAGUUGGCUGAGAGACAGGGUAAUGGGCAGCAGGCCAUGUCCCUAGCCAUCCUGCGCGUGAUCCGCCUAGUGCGAGUGUUUCGCAUCUUCAAGCUGUCGCGCCACUCCAAGGGCCUCCAGAUCCUUGGGCAGACGCUCAAAGCCAGCAUGCGGGAACUUGGCUUGCUUAUUUUCUUCCUUUUUAUCGGGGUCAUUUUAUUCUCCAGCGCUGUGUACUUCGCAGAGGCGGACGACCCGGCCUCCAGCUUCAGCAGCAUCCCGGACGCGUUCUGGUGGGCCGUGGUUACCAUGACUACGGUGGGCUACGGAGACAUGCACCCGGUGACCAUCGGCGGGAAGAUCGUCGGCUCGCUGUGUGCCAUUGCUGGGGUUUUGACCAUCGCGCUGCCAGUGCCUGUCAUCGUCUCCAAUUUCAACUACUUCUACCACCGGGAGACGGACGGCGAGGAGCACGCGCAGUACCUGCACACGGGCAGCUGCGAGCAUCUCGACUCCGCUGAGGAGAUGAAACGGACACGGAGCACCUCGUCACUCAGCAAAUCGGAAUACAUGGUGGUAGAGGAGGGAAUAAACAGCGGGUUUAAGCAGGUUAACUACACAAACCAAAAUAAUCAGAACUGCGUAAACAUCAAAAAGAUUUUCACAGACGUGUAA